AUUGCGACUGCGCUCUUAUUGUUACAUUUGAUUCCUUCAUUUUUCUCUUUACACAAGUUUUAUUUUAUAUUAGACAGAAUGAAGUGCUUUUUAUAUUGAUUAAAACUUACAAAAUAUUGUUAAUUUCUUACAUUUCAUUUCAAUUUAGUGAUACAUAUUUAUUGUUAUUUACGACAUUACUACUACAACGUACGUUCUCGGCGUCUUGCGUAAGUGAAAAGGAAACUUAUUGGAUAACGUAGGUGCUUUAACAAUCCACAUUCAUAGAAAAAAGAAGUGUGAUUAUCCAAACAUUACACCAAAAUAUGGGCGAUACUAGUGAUUUGGACAGACAAAUAGAACAGCUUAAAAGAUGUGAAAUUAUAAAAGAAAGUGAGGUCAAAGCCCUAUGUGCUAAAGCAAGGGAAAUUUUAGUUGAAGAAAGCAACGUUCAAAGGGUCGAUUCUCCAGUUACGGUUUGUGGAGACAUACACGGUCAAUUUUAUGAUUUGAAGGAAUUGUUUAAAGUAGGUGGUGAUGUUCCAGAAACAAAUUAUUUGUUCAUGGGCGAUUUUGUAGAUAGAGGAUUUUUUAGCGUUGAAACAUUUUUGUUACUAUUAGCUCUUAAGGUUAGAUAUCCAGAUCGUAUAACUCUCAUUAGGGGUAAUCACGAAUCACGUCAAAUAACACAAGUUUAUGGUUUUUAUGAUGAAUGUCUAAGAAAAUAUGGCUCUAUUACAGUUUGGAGAUACUGUACAGAAAUAUUCGAUUAUCUCUCACUGUCUGCCAUCAUCGAUGGUAAAAUAUUUUGUGUCCAUGGCGGUCUUUCGCCUUCUAUACAGACUUUAGACCAAAUUAGAGUAAUUGAUAGAAAACAAGAAGUACCUCACGACGGGCCUAUGUGCGAUUUGCUUUGGAGUGAUCCCGAAGACACACAGGGUUGGGGAGUAUCACCGAGAGGUGCAGGAUAUUUGUUCGGAUCUGACGUAGUAGCACAAUUCAAUGCUGCCAAUGAUAUUGACAUGAUAUGUCGGGCCCAUCAAUUAGUUAUGGAAGGAUACAAAUGGCACUUUAACGAGACUGUAUUAACCGUUUGGUCGGCCCCAAAUUAUUGUUACAGGUGUGGUAACGUAGCUGCCAUUUUAGAACUUAACGAACAUUUACAAAGGGAUUUCACGAUAUUCGAAGCAGCACCUCAAGAAACGAGAGGAAUACCUUCGAAAAAACCGCAGGCCGAUUACUUUCUAUAAAUAGUACUAUUGAUAAGACCUAUUAUUUGUUAUUUUUUUUCCAUCCUCCUCUUCGCCACUCUUUAUGUUCCCUUUUUUUUUUUUCUUCUUCCAAGUCUCCUUUACGUAAUUUAAUAUUUAUGUAUUUGAUUUUAGGUUUAUCGAUUAUAAUAACGAAAUUGUAAACCGGCAAGGGUGGUAAAAAUAUGUGUUGAAUUUUUUUUAGAUGCCGUAACUUAAAUAUAACACUCACCUUAGCAGAAAAUAUCCUUUUCAAUGAUUGAUGUCAUCGUUCCUCGACGUUCAACUUCACCUCAGCUUAAAUUAUAUUAGAACCAUUCAUCCAGUACAUGUACCCCCAUAUAUUAUGAUGCAAUUUCUACGUAAAUUAUGGUUUUCUAUUAUUUUUUCACAAAUUAUUCGAAAAACUUCCAUCAACAUAGAUCAAACUUCAGAUAUUGGGAUUAAUAUACCCUCAAGUAAUUGACAGACAAAAAUUUUAAACCAGAUUUUGAAAAUGCUUGUCGUUUACGUCCCCAACGUCACUUUUAUCUCAAUCAAAGCCAUAUUAUAGAAUUUUAUUGACAUUUUCCACCAGAUUGCAUCAUCAGGUAUUGGUAUCAGUUCAAUUUCAGGUCUUCUAUUAAGAUUAAUUGAGCAGGAUGUAAAUUAAGAUCCUGAAGAUGACGGUCCUUCUCUUAGAGGUUUGGUGAUCCCUCACUUUGUACAAAAGGAUGUUGGGUUGUUGAACUCAGUUUAAACUUCACUUUUAUCACAAUUAAAGUCAAGACAUGGUUUUCCUUUAAUUUCUCAUUGGAUUUCUUGAAAAAUGUUCACCAGAAUGGAUGGAGUUUAGAUAUUGAUGUCAGUAUACUCUAAACUUUGCUAGGAAGGUCAGGGGGGGUGAAGUCAAUUGAGCUAAAUGACAAUUUAAAUCUUGAAAAUAUCGAUCUUUUAUUUGUGUCUAGGAAAACUCAGUUGCAGCUUCACUCAGGGACAAAAAAUGAUUUUUCAUUACUUUUUCCUUACCUAUAGUUGCCAGAUCAUAAAAUAAAAGCAAAUGAGUAAAAUGCCAAUCGUAAUCUUGAAAGGACUGAUCUUUUGCCUCAAACAGACUUUUUUAUUUGAAAAACUCAAUUGGAAUUUUACUUUUAUGUUAAUUAGAUUCAAAUCGUGGUUUUUUAUUAAUUUUUCUUGACCCAUUGUUAACAUAAUACGAAGGAAAUUGAGUAAACAACAAUUGAGAUCCUGAGAAUGUCAAGCAAACUUUUCUGUUUUUGGAAAACUCAGUUGGAACUUCACUUUUAUGUCAUUCGGAGUCAAACUAUGUUUUUCCAUUCGUUUUUCUGGCAGAUAUAAAUUCCUAAAUAUUUAAUAAUUACCUUUUAAAUGUUUCACAUUGGUUUCUAUCAAUCUGGUCCUCGAGUUAGUUCAUCUCAGUUCAUAUUGGUCUUUUUGACCUUCAGGGUUAAUAACCACCACAGAGGUGUGCUAUAAACAGACUUAAUACUGAGAUUUUUGAAAAUAUAUAGAUUCAAAUUUGGAUAAAAAGACCUUUCGUCAUGUCAUGAAUAAAAAUGUAAAAAAUAUUGAAUUAAUUAGGGAUGCUUCUAUCAAAAAUUUCUUUUUGUCAAAAUACUUUACCUCUUUUGUAUUUUUUUUUGUUUUUGAUUGGGAUUUUACAUUUAAGUUACGGCAUAUAGCCGCAAAAUAAUUCAUUAUCAAAACCAAUUACAACAUCAGUUAAUAAACAAUUAGAUCAUUUUGUAGAUACUGCAUUUUAUUGUGAACGUUUUUGAUAUUAGUACUUUUUAAAUUUUUAAUAAAAAUUGUACAACAAA